GUAUAAAUUAUAGAAUUAUUAAAUAGACACAGGGACAGGGAUUUGAGAACAAUGUUUUACAAGGACUCUAGUUCAUUACUGACUCUAUAUUUUAUCAAUACCAGAGGGAUUAAAAGCAAAAUUUACAUCUGCGGUAUUUGAUCUCAAAUCGUAAAGAAUCGGAACAAAUACCGAUCUGCUAAUCCAGGAAAUGGCAUAGUUGCUUUAACUGGAGAGAGAAAAAGUAGUAACAACUACUUUAACAUUAGUUUGGAAGAAAUAUUUCAAAAAUUUCGCCAGAAACAAGAAAAACAAAAGCGGAACAAGUUUUCGUAUUUGAUCUGAGCACAUUUUUGUUGCCCUUAUAUUACUCGUCCCAAGUCGCCUCAGAUCGAUUCCUACCGUCACUUUUUGCUCCAACACCAGUGUAGAUUGAAACAUAAUAAAAAAAAAAUUAAAUAUCAGUUAAGGGAAAUAACUCAAAUGGACCAACGGAAUGUAUUUGAAUGAAGCAAAUUGUUUCCACCCCGGAAGAAGGCAACAGCGGUAGGCAACGUGGUGCGAUGGCGCUUUCUACGAAACAUUCUGAUAACGACGACCAAUAUUUACUGGUGGCUAAAUUGGACAAUGUCCGCAAUAUGUCCAAUCUUCUCAAGGCCGUCAACUUCAAAGAUGUUGCCACAGUUUUUGCUAGUGAGCUUGGUCUGAAGGUGACAGUUGAGGACUUCAAAUGCAUCCAAGGCAAUGCUUUCAUACAGUCGGCCAUAUUUCAUGAAUACACAAUCAAAGAAGAACAGUUGACCUUCAAAAUCAACCUUAAUGUUCUAUUGGAGUGUCUGACUAUUUUUGGUAGCAGCUCAGUCACUGGUGUGAUGACCAGUCUCAAGAUGUGCUACAGUGGUUAUGGGUCACCACUAAUGCUGAUACUGGAGGAAGAUGGUGUCCUCACAGACUGCAGCAUCAAAACUAUGGAACCAGAGGAAGUUUUGGACUUUGAUUUCUGCACUGAGAACGUUGUCAACAAAAUCAUCAUGAAGUCAGAAUGUCUUCGUGAAGCAUUCAGUGAAUUAGAUAUGACCAGUAGUGUUUUAGAGUUUCUUCUCUCGCCUGAUCCACCAUACUUCAGGAUGUCUACGUUUGGAAAUGCUGGACGCACACAUUCUGAUUUUCCGCGAGAUUCUGAUAUGAUUGAAUCUUUCCAGUGCCAGGCUACCCAGACUAAUAGGUAUAAAAUCUCGCUUUUAAAGCCAUCAGUGAAAGCACUGGCCAUCUCUUCACGUGUUUCCAUCAGGGUUGACAAACGUGGCUUCCUUUCUCUCCAGUUUAUGAUAAAAAAUGAAGAUGGACAAGUCUGUUUUGUGGAGUUUUAUUGUGUUCCAGAUGAAGAUGAAGAACCAGAAGAAUGAAUUUUGGUAGAGAAACCAGUUCUUAAAUUGAAAUCUCAAUUUUUGAAAGGUAAUAAGAACUUCAAACCAUGAAGAUGGAACUGGAUUUUCACAGAACAGAAAAUACAAGCUUCAUCUGAUUAUUCCUACCCACUGUCUUUGGUGAAGGAUUUGAACAGAAACAAAACCAUAAUUAUGUCAGUCCAACUCAUACCAGCAUGGAAAACAGACAUUAAUGGAAGAUGAUGUUAGCCAUCUACCAACUUUUUCUGUUUUUCUCAUAAUUGCAGUUAACAACUGUCCUCAUCAUCACUCACCCACUCAUGAACAAAUUUCAUUACAUGAAACAAGGGGUGGAUUUCAAAAUACUUUUCUCUCUGAGGGAAAGCAAAGUGGCAGCUAUAAAGUUGUAUAUAUUAUUUGUUUGUUUUAUAUGGAAUAUUUAAUUAAAAUAAACUGGAAAUUGUUUUCA